CCUUCCCUUCUCUCUGGUUCCCGGAUCAGAUCUACUUCCCUCACCACUCAUCCUCCGCCGCAUGUCACGCGCCACCAUCGGUUGCACUUCACGCCGUAUUGUAAGAGGAUCGUUAUUGAUUUCGUUAUUUGAAAGCCUUUGUACCCGUUUAGCAAAAGAGUAAGAAGGGUGGAUAACAAAAGACUUUGUUAAUUUAUUUUCCACUUUGGAAUGAUCAAGUUCAACAUACGGACUUCAUUGAAAUUUAGAACGAAAGAAAGGAAGGAAAAUAUAGUUAAAAUAGAAUAAAAAAUCUAUAAAAACCCCAAGUUAUUGAGCCAGUGCAUAUGCAGUUAAAUGAGUUUUCUGUAGGAAAACUUUAAACUGAUGGCCUUCCUUGUCUUAGAUUAGGGUACCAUUCUCUCUCUCUCUCAAUUAUUAAUAUAAAAAAUAAAAAUAAAAAAUCGAUGACCAUUUCCAUUCAUAUUUGGAAUUAGAAGUUGGCUUUUUAUAUUUAUCUUCUAAAUUAGGGUACUGCGUUAUGGUAUUUAAUUACCUCAACCAAAUGUUUAUAUGGUUCUGUCUAACUAUUCAUUUGAGCCCAAAGUAAUUCAAUAAAGUAGCCAUAUUUCUUGUAUGAUGUAAGUCUUGAUUUGAGUUUCCUGAUUUAUGAAAGUACAGUGUAUGUGCAGUAUAGACUAUAUGUGUACUUUUUAUUUUACUUUUGUUGGUUUAGUGGUUUAAUGAUACUAUCCUAUUUUCGUAUUCUGUUGUUAUGUAUAAAUUUUUUUAUUUAAUUUCUUCCCUUUUCUUUUUUAUAUUUUUUAGGCAGACCAAAUUUUGCAAGGACAAGUUUCAACCUGCUUUGUCAAUGAUAUUUAGAAAAUUUAAAAAUUAUUUUUGUGUGUGUAUUAUUCAUUAAUUUUUUAAUCGUGUUGUUAAUACCAGUCCUUAGAGCUGAUUUUAAGCAUCUAAGUGAAAGUUUUUCUUGGAAAAGGAAAUAUUUAUCAUACUUUUGUAUUUCUUAUAUAUAAUGUUUUCUUUUCCAACAAAAAUUUAUCACUUUUAGUUGCUUAAAAUCAGCAUUUAAGGCUUGUGUUAACAUUUUCCAUUUUCUAAUCAUCAUUAUAGCUCUGUUCUUUACUCUGUUACAUGCCAUUAUCAUUAUAUAGCAUUAUUGUCAGUUUCCCAAGUCCCAAAUUAUAUUUCAAGUAUUUCUCCUUUCAAUCGUUCUAUUUCCCUUUAGUUUUCUUUUUCUCUUUCUUUUCUUUUCUGUUAAAUAACUAAAUCACUGUUUCACAGGAUGCAUUGUCCUCGCAACUGUAUUUUUCUUAUAAUCAAUCAAGUCAAACUAUUUCUUUUGUUCUAGGAUUUCUAUCUGGAAAAGUGCAUAUACAUGAUUGUGUGAUGCAUUACAUUGUGCUGCUAAUUGUGAAAUCUUACAAGUUUUGUUUGAUGUGGCAAUUAUGUUUUUCUUAGUAAAGUGUGAGUCCUGGCUCUUGAAAGCCCUUGAUAUUUUCUUUUUCAUGUUUUCUGUUUCAUUUUUUGGGUUGAAAUUCUUCAGUUGUUUACAUUUUUGGAUUCUUCAUUGCAGUGUAUGAUCAAUAAUCUAUUCAGUCUUUUAUUGCAACUUGGAGCUGUCAAUGGAAUCUGAAGAAGUUCUGAAGGCUGUUUUCCCUUUACUGGAAGGCAUUGAUCUUGCUUCUUGUAUGGCUGUUUGUAAGCAGUGGAAUGACAUAGCUAGAGAUGAUUUCUUUUGGAAAUGUCUGUGUGCCAAGAGAUGGCCAUCAAUCUGCAAGCGACCUAAUCCUCCAACUCUAACCUACUACAACUUAUACAAAACCUUUUAUAAACGCCAGCAUCAAAGAACUCUUCUCCCUCCACGAAUUUCUUUUGAUGACUUGGAGUUUUUCUUUGACAUUUGGGCUGAAAAUACAUUACUCUUCUCAGAAGUGGUGCCUGGAUCUGUCCUUCAGGCAGGCUUUAAAAUCCCAGCAUCAGGAGUUUGUGACAUGCUCAAAUUUCAGUUGGAAGGUUCUGAAUACAAGAUGACCUUUCCUGUGGAACCUAGGUUUACUAUCCCGUCUGGACAAAAUCAGAAUGUUAGUGUCUCUGUGAUGGUUGGGAGGAAGGAUUCAAACAAGGUUGCUCGAAUCAUAAAUAAGUCCAUGUUUGAUUACAUUGAUCGCUCAUCAUAUAGAGCCUUGGCUUUUGAUUAUCUAGACAUAUCCCCUGGCUACCCAUUUUUGUCCGGCAUCCGUGCAUGGAUCUCUUUGCUAUUCAUGGAAGAUAGAAAUGAAGAUCUUAUGGAUGUAUUUGGGAUCCAAAUGGAUUUCUGUGAUGUGGCAAAUUCUAAGGAAGAAGUCUUGUGGCUGUUGGACAUGCUUGAUUGGAAGUGAAUGUUCACAGAAUGAUGUCCCAUCAUUACAAAAUAAAUAAUUGGACAUUGUGAUUAUAUGUUUAACUUUUGUUUGUUUAUAUGGAUGCAUUACAAAGUUUGUCAUCUUUUAUGAUUAACACCGAUAAUUUGUAAAAUUUGUUGGUGUUAAUGUCUCGCAUGUCCUGAGUAUGUAAUGUAAAUACCUUAUAACUCAUUGUUAUCGAUGUUUACCUUUCUAAGAAUGUACAUCGGCACGUUAUAUGGUAGUUUCUGUCGGCCUACCUUACCUGGAUAGGGCUGUCUUUGAUUU